AUAGAAAAAUAUCUGGGCUAUUUUCCAACCAGCAGGGGUACCUAUUACAUAAUGUGUGACGAAAUACAUCAAUACUAUCCAUUUACCGUUCACCGCGCUCCGAAACAAACCAAACACGGCAUACAUUCGCGUCGUAUUUGCAAUGCUGCAAACCAUGCAUGUUGGUUUCAAUCCGUAUAUGUGUUGAAUAUCCUUUUUUUUCCCCUUCCCACCCUUAUUUUCGUGCAGCAGCAGGCAGUUUGCAGACUUUUAGCAGACAGAGACCACGCCUCUGCUUUGCUGCAGGCAGCUCCCCUCUCUCUACCCCUCUCUCUCUCUCUCCCUCCCUGCGUGCAGCCGAAACCAUCCGCUCAUUCCGUGCACCGUACACAUAUAAGGAGCACGGAGCCCGGGACUCUCUCCUCACAUGCAUUUGGAAGUAAAAGACGCCCCUCCGCGCACCUGUUCUCGCUCGUCCGUCGGAGCUCCUUCCUCUUCCUCCAUGCGAGUGUGUGCGGACGUGCACCUCCUCUCUUCGUUCGAUUAGACGCGGCGUGCUGGUUUUUUUUCCCUUUUUUUUUUGUUCCUCUUUUUUUUUUUUUUUAAACAAGAGUAUGACUUCGUCUUACAACCUGGAUUUCCUGCCCCUGACCGACAGUCGGCUAAUGUCGUCGAGCGACACAAUCAACGGCAGCAAGAUGAAUGGGUCUUUGGAAAACUUGGAUCAGCCAGACCCAGACUCCAUCAAGAUGUUUGUGGGUCAGAUCCCUCGCUCCUGGUCAGAAACAGAACUCAAAGAGCUUUUUGAACCUUUUGGAACUGUGCACCAGAUCAACAUCCUCCGCGAUCGCACCCAGAACCCCCCUCAGAGCAAAGGAUGCUGUUUUGUAACUUUUUAUACAAGAAAAGCUGCCCUGGAUGCCCAGAAUGCCCUACACAACAUAAAGACCUUAAGUGGGAUGCAUCAUCCUAUCCAGAUGAAACCCGCUGACAGUGAGAAAACAAGUGCGGUAGAAGACAGAAAACUCUUCAUCGGGAUGGUUUCAAAGAAAUACGGCGAGAACGAGGUCAGGAUGAUGUUCUCGUCUUUCGGGCAGAUCGAGGAGUGCCGAAUCCUGCGGGGACCGGACGGUCAAAGCAGAGGCUGUGCGUUUGUCACAUUUGCUACCAGGUCAAUGGCACAGAAUGCAAUCAAAACCAUGCAUCACUCUCAGACUAUGGAGGGCUGCUCCUCACCUCUGGUGGCGAAGUUUGCUGACACGCAGCGGGACAAGGAGCAACGCCGCCUGCAGCAGCAACUUGUGCAGCAGAUCCAGCAGCUCAACAGCGCCUCCACCUGGGGCAACCUUGCUGGCUUGGGCACCCUCACGCCUCAGUACCUAGCUCUGCUGCAGCAGGCCGCCUCGACAAGCAACCAGAGCACUUUCAAUAGUAUGCAGAGGCUAGGAGGGGUGAAUCAGCUUCAGCUUCAGAACCUGGCCACAUUGGCCGCUGCAGCCGCCGCAGCCCAGAGUACUGGCAGCCCGACCUCUGCCAGCGGGUUGACAGCCAGCAGCAGCGCCCUGGGAGCUCUGGCCUGUCAAGCCGGUUCGACAGCAGGCUCCAGCGCCGGUGCCGCCAUGAACACGCUGGCAUCUCUGGGCACUCUGCAGGGUCUCACCGGGGCCUCUGUCGGCCUCAACAGCCUUAACGCUCUCACCAGCGGCGUCGGUGGAAUGGGGGCCAUGAACGGAGGCCUGGGCGCCUCGAUGGCUAACGGCUCAGCAGCCAGUUCCAUGGACGCGCUGACCCAGGCCUACUCAGGGAUGCAGCAGUACACGGCCUCGGCCCUGCCCUCCCUCUAUGGACAGUCACUUCUGCAGCAGAGCAUCGCUGGAAGCCAGAAGGAAGUGGGGCCAGAGGGUGCCAACCUUUUCAUCUACCACCUGCCGCAGGAGUUUGGGGACCAGGACCUUCUGCAGAUGUUCAUGCCCUUUGGGAACGUGGUGUCUGCCAAAGUGUUCAUCGACAAACAGACCAAUCUGAGCAAGUGCUUUGGGUUCGUCAGCUACGACAAUCCCGUGUCGGCGCAGGCUGCCAUCCAGGCCAUGAACGGCUUCCAGAUCGGAAUGAAGCGGCUGAAGGUUCAGCUGAAGCGUUCCAAGAACGACAGCAAGCCCUACUGAUCCGAGUCCCGAUCCCCUUCCCCCCCUACCCCUCCUACCCACUUCCUCCCCAGCUCUAAUGCUAGCAAUGCUAGGGUAAGUUCGGCCAGAGACUCACUCGGGGGAGAGGGUGGAGGGGGGAGAGAAAAGGAGCCUUUUCCUUAAAAAAAAAAGAUGUUUGCAAUGAUCUUUUCACAUCUACUGUAUUUCAUUCCUGCUGUUUUAUCAUGUCAUAGUUAAAUAUUUUAAUGUAUAUUUAUUUAUGACUAUCACUGGAGUCACGGGAGGUAGCGCUCUUUUUAAUUGUUUUUACCCAUGCCUUUCUCAUUGCUUAAAUUUUAGACGGGUUGACUAAGGAUCACUUGGGUUUAAAGGGCCAAAGCCACGGCAAUUGUGCGCUUUUUUUUUUGUUUUUUUAAACAUUUUUUUGCAUAAGGCUUUGUCUCAUCGCUCCUUCUUAUCGUCUAUCUGAGCCAUGUGAUGCUAGGCUCUCUCUCUCUCUGUAUUAACACCCUCCUGCAGUCAUUCCAUCCAUCAGGGCUCCAGAUGGAUCUUUUAGGUGCCAAGUACAUGCAUGUCGGGAGUCCAUUUUGUCAAGUUUGUGUAUUGUUUUUUGUGUGUCGGCAGAGGAGAACAGGGAGGAGGUCAAUGUCUUUAUCGUACUGUGUCAGGGGUGUCCAAAGUCCGGCCCCGGGCCAGUUUGAUUGGCCUGAGGCACAACUUGGAGGAUGAGGGUCACACUGAAAAGAAAACGUAAUCAAAAGGUGAUGUGAUAAAAUAAGUAAAUAAAGUAAUGAGCGUAUUGGCUUAAGUCAAUUUAUUUAAAAAUUAAACGUUUGGGAGAAAAUUAUGACUUAACACAUCAAAUGUUAAAAGCAUAAAAAAAGACACAUUAAGUUAAGUAUUACUGAGAUAAGAAGUGUGUGUUAAAAGUUCAAGAAAAAUAAAUGGUAUUGACUUCACUACAUGCGAUGUUAGUCAAUAACUCCAACCUCAUGUUUUGCCCACGGCUUUAUUCGAAAACCGUUCCAACACUUCCUGUUCCGCCCUUUUCAACAAUACACUGCAAAAAGUUAGUGUUAAAAAACAAGAAAAAAAAAAAGUACAAAAAUUAGGGGUAUUUUACUUGAACUAAGCAAAAUUAUCUGCCAAUAGAACAAGAAAAUUUGGCUUGUCAAGACUUUCCAAAACAAGUCAAAUUAGCUAACCUCAAUGAACCCAAAAAUACCUUAAAAUAAGUACAUUCUCACCAAUAACAACUACUACUAUAUGAGUACAUAUUUUCUAUUGUUUUAUUGAAAAUAAAACCGCAAAGUCCAUUUGGCUGUCAUCUGUUUUAAUAUGAGACACAAUUGUGUUAAAGUCAUGAUUUUUUUUCAUGCUUGAAAUAAAAAAAUGAUUACUUUAAAAAAAGUAGUUUUAUACUUGAGUGUUGAUGACACAACUUGUGAUAUUCUAGUUGCCAGCAUGUUUUACUCAAUAUAGGUCAUCAAAUCUCAGCUGUAAUAUCUUACUGAGAUCAUUUAGGACCAAAACCCUUAAAACAAGUAAAACACUCUAACAUAAAAUCUGCUUAGUGAGAAGAAUUAUCUUAUCAAACAGAAAAUAAGGAAAUAUCACCCUUAUUUGAGAUAUUUAAUCUUACUUAGAUUUCACUUUUUGCAGUGUACUCACUUCACAAUAAGAGUUUGUGCUUACUAAGUGAACUAUGAUAAAAAGUACACAAAUGAGUCUAUAUCUUAACAUGCAACCCUUCGCAACUCUCAUUUCAAUUAAGAGUCCAACUCUUCAGGUGAUUUAGAACGGAUUGUUGGUUCAACACGAUCUGUUAUUACAUUUUGAUUAUGGUGGAGAAUCGUCUUUUGGCUGACCAACGGCACUAAAAUACAAACAUUGUAAGAUAUUUAAUAAAAUAAAAAUAAAAAUGGACACAUUAGGGUAAAAAUAGGAAUAAAUUAUGAUCAAACAUUUUCAAAAUAUCGUAAUGGCUGCUGACGUAUGACUUUUAGCGCAGCGCGGAGAUUGCCUCAAAACGUCUUUUUUAAAAAUUGAUUUUUGGACAUUUUGAAUCUAUUGAGAAUCGUAAGAAUUAAGAGUUACAUUUUGGCUGGAAAUCUAUGUAUUUCUUGGUCACUACGUGUAUUUCACCUGGCAUACCGUAUUUCCCGAACCAUAGGAUGCAUAAGGCGCUCUGCCGAUGAAUGGUCUAUUUUUGAUCUUUUUUCGUAUACAAGGCGCACCGGAUUAUAAGGCGCAUUAAAGGAGUCAUAUAUUUUUUUUUUUCUAAAUGUAAAAGACUCCUUGUGGUCUACAUAACAUGUAAUGGUGGUUCUUUGCUCAAAAUGUUGCAUAGAUGAUGUUUUACACAUCAUCUUCGAGCCGCUUUCUGACAGUCGCUUCCGGAUGCACCGUUUUGUGGGCGGGUCUUAUUUACGUGGCUCGCCUUCGGCAGCGUCUUCUCCCCGUCAGCUUUGUUGUAGCGGUGUAGCGUGCAAGGACAGGAGUGGAAGAAGUGUCAAAAAAUUCAGACUUCAAUCUAUAACGGAGCAGCAUCUCCUCAUCCAGAAACAACAACGGAAAUGUGUCCCGUGAAAAAAAACGUCUGACCGGAAUUCUCCAAUAACUAAAGUUCCUUGGGUGGAUAAUGUAAACUCACUAUACCGGUAUGUUUUAGCGUUUUCAUGGCGAGUUUACUGACAGAUAUAAGUAAGAACUUUACACUACUUUAUAUUAGAAAUGGCAACAGCGGAGGAUGAAUGUCCCAUAACAAGAAGAUAGAGAAAAAGGUUAUCGACUACGGUGUCCCCACGGACUACAAAGGCGGAGGCGCGCAAUUUUUCAGGAUUUAUGCAGAUCUCAAAUACAGAUCAGCAGGUACCAGAAGGUAAAAGUUGCUUUUGCGUAAUAUUGCAAAACAAAACUCCAGAUAAUGUCUUACCUUAUACACACACCAUAACAAUACUCCUAUGUUGAAGCACAUCAAGCGGUGUGGCUUCAUAGCUUACCAAAGUCGUACUCAAACAUUUUGAUAGAUUUUUGAGCGCCGUGUGUAAUGUUCUAUAUUCUCAAUGGAACAUUUAAAAUUUUGGUGUUUACUUGAGUCAUAGUGCAGCCUACACUUAUCUCUUAUGUUUGACUGCCAUCUACUGGUCACACUUAUCAUUACACCAUGUACCAAAAUAAAAUAGCUUCGAGGUGGGUAAGCUCAACCAAACGUAUUCCUUACAUUAGGCGCACUGUCAAGUUUUGAGGGGGAAAAUAUUAUUUUAAUAUGUUUAUUCAAUCUAAGUGGGGCUCCCCUUCAUCCUUAUGUUUUGCAAGCCCUCAUCGGACAAAGUUUGGACCCCCCUGCUUUAUGUGGUGAUUGUUUUUGUGCCUCAUGGCUUUUAAAGGAUUCUUGUGCCGUGCUCCUAACUUUCUCCUCUCUCUCUCUCUCUCUCUCUCUCUUCUUUUGUCCUCUUUCUCUUCUGUGUUUUUGUCCCUAUUUUUUAGAACAAAUCUCCAUGCCUGUUUGCUCAUCAUUAGCCUAGCAUGUCUUCAUGGUGUUGACAGCCAAGCCACACUCUCCUGGCCUCAUCAUCACCACCAUUGUGUCUGUGAUGUCUCUCUAAGCUCCCUCCCACCCACCCCCACCCCCCCAAAAAAAACCACUCUUGACCAAUACCUGGCCACCCACUGAUCUUUGACCUUAGCUCAACCUGACUUUUUUUUUUUUUGUUUGUUUCCUGCAUGCGUGUUCAUUGUUUUUUGUCGAAAUGUGACAGUUGGGAGAGAGGUCAAGCGGAUUUAAUGUGAAAACGUACCUACGUUCAUCUUUUGUUUUAAAAAAAGAAGAAAAAAAAAGACGGAAAAAAAAACCUGUGGGAUUUCUUAUUUUAAACGUGGUUUGCUUUUUGAAUUUGAUGCUUUUGUUUUCUUUUCUUAUUUUUAAGUUACCUCUCUCAGUAUGGCUGACUUGAAAUACAGGGAUUGGCACACGGCUGUGCUCUUUGGUGCCAUUAGCAAUAUGUUUGGUGGCUUCAAAACGCUUCAAAACCACUUUUGCAACACUUUACAAAGUCCUUCUCGGCGCUCUUGAACGAGCCCUUUUUUUUGUGUGUGGCGGGCAGCGGAAAAAUGUUUCAUUAAGGCUAUUUAAACCUAGUUUUUCAUUUACUCUCCAGUGUAUCCUUUUUUUUUUUUUUUUUUUAAACUACCAAUGGCACAACAAUAGGUACAUUUGCUCAGUUUAGAGAAAUGACAACCUACACGAGUCAAACUUUUUUAGAACUGAUUCACAAAUAGACAAUCUGUGGUUUAAAUGCACACUUAGAUUACCUAUAUUUUAUACCAUUGAAUCUAUAGAGGUCUAACUAACAGAACCCAGGCAAAAAAAACAACAAACGUUGGGUUUCUUUUUGUAGAUUUAUGUUGUAAUGUCAUCUGUGGCGCGUAGUCAAGGGGCGGGGGCUUAGUAGUACCGUAGUCUUUAGUAUAUUGCAUUUUUAGAGAGGACUAAAAAAAAAAUCUGUCAUUUCUACUAAAUUAAAACCACACUUGAAGUUUCAAAAAAUCUACAUGAAUUAUACAAUUUCAAAAGAAUGGUACUUUUUCUUGGGGUUUCUUUUAAAUGAAUAAUUCACUGUUUGAAUGCCUGGUGUUAUUUACAAUGUUUAUCACGCCAGACAAUGUCUUUUGUUUCUUUUUAUUCUCAAAAGUGCCCAUGUGUCAAAUUAAAUUUUCUUUGAGGGGCGGGGGGGUUGUUCAAAACAUAUUUUCUGACAUGUCACUUUUUUUUUUUUUUUUUUUUUUUUUUAAA